UUGGCAUCAAAAUACUCUGCUUAACCAAAGCUUUUUAUGUUUUUAGUUGGAACUCAAUAAAUAAAUAUGUGCACACAUGUUUAUGACUAUUGGUUGUGUGUUGUUGAAGCUUUCGUGUGUGUGUGUGGUUUUCUUUUUUCUUUUCUUUAUAUACAGACUGAGACAUGUAUACCAAUGUAUAUAUUAUACAUAUUGAGUGUAAGUAGCAGUGGUGUUCAGACUGGUUAAAUUGGUGUUUAAAGGGGGUGGCAUUAGUGUAUUGGCUACACUAACAGUGGAGGCUAAGAAAAGUAGAGGCCUGUCUUUAUUAGAGAAAUAAACUAUGGGUAGAUAGAUGAGUGUCUUUAUUAGAGAAAUAAACUAUGUAAAAGAAAGGGGGGCAGACUGUGUAGUACCCUCCUUAUAUAUUUGAUUCUUGUUCAUUAAUUCCUCCUACACACCCCUCACGAAAUUGUUUACUCUUUCUUCCUUGUCAUUUUCCUUUGGCUAGGGAUACUACAGCCCUUUAGAAAUAAUAGCUACAAUGGUGACCAAGAAACCAAAAGUUGUGAUAAUAGGUGCAGGAAUGGCAGGUCUUACAGCAGCUAACAAGAUCUACACAACUGCAUGCUCUAAAGAAUUGUUAGAGCUUUGUGUUGUGGAGGGUGGUAAUAGGAUUGGUGGAAGGAUUAAAACUUCAGAGUUUGUUGGGAGUAGGAUUGAGAUGGGUGCUACUUGGAUCCAUGGAAUUGGGGGUAGCCCUGUUUACAAGAUAGCUCAGGAGAUUGACUCACUUGAUUCAGACAAGCCUUGGGAGUGUAUGGAUGAGUACUUGGAUGAGCCAUUGACAAUAGCUGAAGGAGGUUAUGAGCUCAAUUCUUCCAUUGUUGACCCCAUAUCCAACCUUUUCAAGAAACUGAUGGAUUUUGCUCAAGGGAAACCUAUUGAUGAUGUCGAAUUUGCUGAAACUUACAGAUCCUCCAAUAGGAAUCUUAGUGUUGGUUCUUUCCUAAGGAAAGGGCUUGAUGCCUACUGGAGUUCGAUGAAAAACCAAGAGGAAACCCCGGGGUUCGAUAACUGGACCAGAAAAUCACUGGAGGAAGGAAUUUUUGCAAUGCUUGAGAACACACAAAGGACUUACACAUCAGCUGGUGAUUUGGAGACUCUAGAUUUUAAUGCAGAAAGCGAGUAUCGUAUGUUUCCAGGGAAAGAGAUAACCAUUGCCAAAGGCUACUCCACUAUAGUUGAAUCUUUGGCAUCUGUUCUGCCAGCUGGUAUGAUUCAAUUAGGCCGAAAGGUCACAAAAAUUGAAUGGCAGCCUGAUGAUGGUGUAAACUGUGAUGUUACUAAGCCAGUAAAGCUACAUUUUUAUGAUGGAGCAAUCAUGUAUGCUGAUCAUGUGAUUGUUACAGUGUCACUUGGGGUUCUAAAACAAGGGAUUGGCGAUAAUACUGAAGCAAUGUUUAGUCCUCCACUUCCUAGAUUUAAGACUGAAGCAAUCUCAAGGCUUGGUUUUGGUGUUGUUAACAAGCUAUUCUUGCAACUAAGUCCAAACAAGGAUGAAGCCAUGAAGUUUCCUAACUUGCAGAUGGUCUUCCAUCAGUCAGACUCAAAAUUAAGGCAUCCAAGAAUCCCCUGGUGGAUGAGGAGGACAGCUUCUUUAUGUCCUAUCUAUGGCACUUCAAAUGUUCUAUUGUCAUGGUUUGCCGGGAAAGAGGCUCUUGAGCUUGAAUCACUUAGUGAUGAGGAGAUCAUUGAUGGUUUCUCAACAAUGAUCUCAAAUUUACUAGAAAACUCAAAGAGGCAUCUCAACAACACCCAUGACUUGUGCAAUGGGCAUGCUAACUCUUCCAUCAAAUUUGAUAAGGUUUUAAAGAGCCAAUGGGGUACAGAUCCACUCUUCUUAGGGUCAUAUAGUUAUGUGGCAGUUGGAUCAAGUGGAGAUGAUUUGGAUAGUAUGGCUGAGCCAUUGCCAAAAAGGAGCAAUCAUAGUUUUAAUUCCCCUCCACUUCAAAUUCUGUUUGCAGGGGAAGCAACACAUAGAACCCAUUAUUCAACAACUCAUGGUGCUUACUUUAGUGGCCUAAGAGAAGCCAACAGGCUCCUUCAGCACUACCACCGUAUUGAUAUAUGAAAAUGUUUAUUGCCAUAGAAACUAGGCAGGUUUUUCUUACUUAUUGGCUUUUCUUUUAUAUUUUUCCUAUUAUUUAUUUUCUAUAUUCGUUUGGAGAAAGAUGUUUGUUAUUAAUUCCUCUGUGUAAUGGCAAUUUGAGGUAGAAAUGAGGAACUGUAAGAGGUUGGGAAGGAAAGUGAAAGGGGGACACGUCCUUGAUGUACUAAUGAAUGAAUUAAAGAAGCUUCUUUUCAAUGUGCUA